AAUGUAGAGAGAAGAAAAAUGGAGGAAAGGAUCCACGUCCAAAUUAUCGUGUGGUCUCGUGAGUCGUAUCGGUCUCUUUAUCUCAUGAGUCAACACAAUGAUAAUGAAUCAUUGAAAAGAACGACGAAACGCAACACAACAUAACUUGAUACGACAUUUCUAAUCGGCAGUUCCUACUUUUCUUCUUCAUUCUUCCUCUUCAGCCACCAUUAUCACCACAAACACGAUCAGCACCAAAACGCCUUUCCUUUAUCCUCAUCCUCAUCCUCAUCCAUUUCUAAACUCUAAAUUCACUAUCCACAGUCACACUUUUUUCUUUUUAAGAAGCAAAAGUUUAUUAUUUUAAUCAUUAUUUUGUUAAAAUUUAAAAAGAGGGAAAGUGAAGACUUGUUCGUUUUCUCUGUGACCCCCCUUUUUUUUUUCUCUGCUUUGAAUUCAGAAAGAAAAAAAAAGUGAGGGAAGAUGGAAAUGAUGCUUUCUCGGUUACCUUACCAGGAUUCCGUCAAAAUUCUCGAGGCUGAUAUUCACCAUGCCAAUGCUUUGGCUGCUGCAAUUCCAAGAGGCAAGGGUGGGAGUAUUUUCCAAAUGAAAUUGGUUUACAGUCAAUUGGCACCUCUUUUUUUGUUGUUGUUACAGUGGAUGGAUUGUUCUUGUUCAUGCUUUCUACACAGAUAUCUUAACCUCUUUCACAUAAUUAUUUACAAGGUACAUAAUGAUGGUAGGCCAAGCAUAGCUUCUCAUGGAAGAAAAGCAACCAUCCAGGACUUUUAUGCUGUUAUAUUGCCGUCUCUCCAGCGGCUUCAUGGUAGCUUGGAGAAAUUGGAGAUUUGUAAGAAAGGGCACACUAACUUAGAAGGUUCAAGUUAUAGCAAGAAGAUGAUUGAAGCAAAUGCGAAACUAACCAGUGUUGAUUUGGAAAGAGAAGAUGAAUGUGGGAUAUGCUUAGAACCAUGCACUAAAAUGGUUCUGCCUAAUUGCUGUCAUGCUAUGUGUAUCAAAUGCUACCGCAAGUGGAACACAAGGUCAGAGUCUUGUCCGUUUUGCCGCGGUAGCAUAAGAAGAGUUAAUUCAGAGGAUCUUUGGGUACUCACUUGUAAUGAAGAUGUAGUUGAUGCUGAAACAGUUUCCAAAGAGGACUUAUUGCGUUUCUACCUUUAUAUCAACAGUUUACCUAUAGAUUACCCAGAAGCACUUUUCUUAAUGUAUUAUGAAUACCUGAUUUGAUUAUUUUUUCAAUUGAGCAAUGAGAAAAAUGUAUAGAUUGGGAAAUCCAGACUGCAAAUGUGAAUAGAGCCUGGCAAGAAAUUUCUCUAAUUGCGUCAGGUACGGCUCUGCUAAGAUAAAUAUGAAAUUAACUUUGAAGCCUUUGUUUGAGUUCUAGUAGUAUAAGUUUUCUAAGAUA